UUACAGUUUGAGAUGUGUAUGCGAUACGAAUGAGUCGUCAACCUAACAAUAUAUAUAUUAUAGUUUGAGAUCCCAAUGCAUUGCCGCUAAUUGUAUAUAUAAUCCAAUCCUCUUCUCUUUCGCUUCCUCUCACCUCUAUCUUGUUCAACAAUUAAUUUAUAUCAGUUUGUUUUUUUUUCAAUUUAUCGCUUUUGUUUUCUGAGAAAAUUUUCAUUUGAGUCGGUGUUUAAUGCGAUUUUCCCGGUUUCGGGUUUGAAAUUGAAAACCCUUUUGGUUCUUUGAUGCACAAGAGUGCUCAAAUCAAAGCUUGUGUUUUUCUUGAAAGCUCGAAACUCGAAUUGGGAUCAAGAGGUUCGCUUCAUGUUCUUUGAUCUUGUCUUUCAGAAUAUUAUUGUUUGUUUUUAUUUGUUGAAAAGACCAUUAUUGAGCUAUUGAUUGAGGUGAAUAUAGUUGCAAUUAACUGAUUUUGGGGCUGUUAUUCUCAACCCUCGUUGAUUUUCUUUCCAAUUUGUUGGCGAAACUCUAAUUUAGUCACCCACAGACAAACCCAUUUGUGAUACUGUCUGUAUUUAUUGAUUUGAGAGCCAAAGAAACUCUUUCUUGUAUCAAACUCUGUCCUCUCUUAAAGGGAAUACUUCAUUUGUGUUAAUUUUUGCAUACGUAGAACUUCAUUUUUUUAGAAUUAUUGGAAUUAUUUACUCCAGUUGAUCAAGCUAACAAGCCAAGUUUGAGCCCCCUUUUUUCCCUGAGAUAUGGAUAUUAGUAAUGAGGCUAGUGUUGAUCAAUUCUCAAUUGGACCUUCCACGAUCAUGGGUCGGGCAAUUGCUUUUAAAGUCUUAUUCUGCAAGUCAAUAGCACAUUUGAAGCGUCAAAUCUUUCAUCUGUUGUCAUCUUAUUUCUAUAGAGUUAAGGAUUCUUUGAAGAGCUAUUUGAAACCUAUGAUCUCAUGGCUUCAUCCCCGGAACCCACAAGGGAUACUAGUGUUAGUGACACUAAUAGCUUUCUUGUUGAAACGGUGCACUAAUGUGAAACUGAGGGCUGAGAUGGCAUAUAGGAGGAAAUUUUGGAGGAAUAUGAUGAGAACUGCCUUAACUUAUGAGGAGUGGGCUCACGCUGCUAAGGUGCUCGAUAAAGAGACCCCCAAAAUGAAUGAAUCAGACUUUUAUGAUGAAGAAUUGGUGAGGAAUAAGCUCCAAGAGCUCCGGCACCGUCGCCAAGAUGGCUCUCUCAGAGAUAUUAUAUUUUGUAUGCGAGCUGACCUUGUCAGAAAUCUCGGUAAUAUGUGCAACCCUGAGCUCCACAAGGGUAGGCUUCAAGUGCCCAAACUUAUAAAGGAGUAUAUUGAUGAGGUUUCAACUCAGUUGAGAAUGGUUUGUGAUUCUGAUUCGGAGGAGCUUCUCUUGGAGGAGAAGCUUGCUUUUAUGCAUGAAACAAGACAUGCUUUUGGGAGAACAGCUUUACUUCUAAGCGGGGGUGCUUCUCUGGGAGCUUUCCACGUGGGUGUGGUGAAAACCUUGGUAGAACAUAAGCUUUUGCCCCGGAUUAUUGCAGGAUCUAGUGUUGGAUCAGUCAUGUGUUCUGUUGUAGCCACUAGGUCAUGGCCUGAGCUUCAAAGUUUUUUCGAGGACUCUUGGCACUCUUUGCAGUUUUUUGAUCAGAUGGGUGGCAUUUUUACUGUUUUUAAGAGGGUUAUGACUCGGGGAGCAGUUCAUGAGAUCAGACAGUUACAGAUGAUGUUAAGGCAUCUCACUAAUAAUCUCACGUUCCAAGAAGCUUAUGACAUGACUGGCCGAAUUCUAGGGAUUACAGUCUGCUCCCCAAGGAAGCAUGAGCCUCCCAGAUGCCUUAAUUAUUUAACUUCACCUCAUGUUGUCAUAUGGAGUGCAGUGUCUGCUUCAUGUGCAUUUCCCGGCCUUUUUGAAGCUCAAGAACUAAUGGCAAAGGAUAGAAGUGGAGAAAUUGUUCCAUAUCACCCACCAUUUCAUUUGGAUCCUGAUGAGGCUUCUGGCUCAUCUGCUCGUCGGUGGAGGGAUGGCAGCCUGGAGAUUGAUUUGCCCAUGAUGCAGUUGAAGGAGCUUUUCAAUGUCAAUCAUUUUAUUGUCAGUCAGGCAAAUCCUCAUAUUGCACCUCUCCUUAGGAUGAAGGAGUUUGUGAGAGCUUAUGGAGGUAACUUUGCUGCUAAGCUUGCUCAUCUAGCUGAGAUGGAGGUGAAACACAGAUGCAAUCAGACAUUGGAACUUGGUUUUCCCCUAGGGGGCAUCGCCAAGCUGUUUGCUCAAGAUUGGGAGGGUGAUGUCACUGUUGUUAUGCCUGCUACCUUAGCUCAGUAUUCCAAAAUCCUACAAAAUCCAUCUCAUUUGGAUCUUCAAAAGGCAGCUAACCAAGGAAGGAGAUGCACUUGGGAGAAGCUCUCAGCCAUAAAAGCCAAUUGUGGGAUUGAGCUUGCUCUGGACGAGUGUGUCGCAAUUCUCAACCAUAUGCGUAGACUGAAACGGAGUGCUGAGAGAGCUGCUGCUUCCUCUCACGGCCUAUCAAGCUCUGUCAGAUUCAAUGCUUCUAAGAGGAUUCCUUCAUGGAAUUGCAUUGCUCGGGAGAACUCAACAGGGUCCCUUGAGGAAUAUGUCAUUGCAGAUGUUGCCAGUUCGCUGCAUCAAGGAGUUGCAGGGUCCACCGGAGGUCACACUGGCCGGAACUUGUGGAGCCACCGUAUCGGACACGAUGGAAGUGAUAGUGAAUCUGAAAGCGUUGAUCUCAAUUGUUGGACAAGAUCUGGUGGUCCUUUGAUGAGGACAACUUCAGCAGAUAAGUUCAUUGAAUUCAUUCAAAAUUUGGACUUUGAUGGCAAAUUGAGCAAAGGAAUGAUGGGUCACCCCAAUAAUUUUUUGAUUCAGAUGGCAGGAAGGGAUCCGUACUAUCAAAAUUCGAGGGUAACAACACCUGAUAGAAGCUCGUACGUGGAGUUUGACCAGAGGGAUUUAAAUAACAGAGUUCCUGUACACAAUUCAAGCAUUAUGGUUGCUGAAGGUGAUCUGUUGCAGCCUGAAAGGCUCAAUAAUGGGAUUGUGUUCAACGUUGUCAAGAAGGAAGAUUUGACGCCGACAAACAGGAGUCAUGAUUCAGAAAACAACAGCCUGUCGCAGAUUUCAGCUGCUGAAUUUAUGCAACUUGACUCUCCAGAAAAAGAAAUAGAUGCAAGCUCAGUGUCUGAAUGUGGCGACGAUGACAUUAGCAUAGAAAAUCGUCUCAACGAAGUAGAUGAUAAUAACUAUGAUCAUUCUGGUUCGGUUUAUGUUAAAGAUGAUAACAAUGUAGUGGAUGGUUAAGAAUUGAGGAUGGUUUUUGCUUGAUUGCAACAGGAUGGAUUUGAUUCAAUGCUGGAAGUCAAAGCUGAAGUUUUGCUACCAGGAGAAGAGUAGGGAUUCUCUGAUUUUACGACAGGAAUAAAAGUGGAAGCAAUUAAUACGACAAAUGACAUGACACUGAAACAUACCACAUGAGAGUGGCACUUAUAAGUUAGCUAGUUAUGUAAAAUAAUUGUAUCAGCGCAUUGGUGUCAUUUUCAUUUCAGAAUCAGAUUUUUGAUUGUGUAAUUUUUGGCUACUUUGGUUAGCAGCAUCUUAUGCAGCCAUCUAAAUUGUUGUAGACUUUCGUCUUCUAAGGGGCGAUCAAAAGUCACAGGACUUGACAGCAACUAAAUCAAAUAAAGUUUUGUUUCCAGAGCUGUACUUUCCCUUCA